UCCGAGUCUUAUCAGACACACGCUUAGCUUAGCGUCAAAAAAUUACGGUUUUACACUAUCCAAUCUCAAGUAUACAUAAAAAAAGAUGCGCGUCUUCAUCGUACUGUGUUUAUUCGCGUUUGCCUGUGCUGACAACUUGGGCUACAACUAUCGUCCUGUGGGUCAUUCGGACUCUGAUCUCUCGUUUGGUCCACGUGGCAGUAGUGGUGGAUUAGGUGGUUUAGGCAACAGCGGUGCAACCACACAAAUAUCACCUUCUUACUCGGCACCCGCCGCUGAAUUUGACAAGGAGUUUUACACCUACAGCGCUGAUGAAGAAGAUUUCAAUGAACCCGCCGGCAGCGAACAACUGGAAGCAUCACUAAGGAAGAACCUGCGUGUUGUUUUCGUUAAGGGACCCGAAAAUAACGGUUUGGAGAACGCCGCCAUCAAUCUUGCCAGACAUGCUGCCGAACAGCAGACCGCCAUUUAUGUUCUACAAAAACAAGCCGACUUGGGUGAUUUGGCCAACAAAUUGCAGUCUCAACACGACUUUACAAAUCAUAAGCCCGAGGUGCAGUUCGUCAAGUACCGUACCCCAGAGGAUGCUGCCAAUGCUCAACGCGCCAUUCAAUCGCAAUACGAUCAAUUGGGUGGCAACUCUCAGUCACAUGAUGGUGGCGUGGCUCCUGUUCACAACUUUGCUUCUGAGGCUACUCGUGAAGCGCCACGUAUUGCAAGCGCACCCGGUGCUACCUACUUGCCCUCCUCGAUUAUUCGUGUUUAGUCGGUAAAGAGCGGAAAAUAUAUAUAGUUUUUCUGAAGGACUCCGAAAUGUGAUAAAACGAU